AUGGCGGUGGAGGUGACAACGGUUGGCAGCGCUGGGGAUGCCAGGAAGCUCGUCAUCUGCUCGGUCUACUUCCCGCACGGAGAAGAGGUGCCGUCGCUGGAGAUAGUCAAAUUGGUGGAUCUCUGCCAGAGUGAGGGACUGCCAUUACUGAUAGGAUGCGACGUCAACGUGCAUCAUACCAUAUGGGGAAGCACUGGAACGAACGAAAGGGGAAGGAGGUUGCUGGAGUACCUGGUAACUACUGACCUGGAAGUUCUGAACAGAGGUAAUAAACCCACCUUUUGCACGGCGGGGAGAAGUGAGGUGUUAGAUCUCACUCUCUGCUCGCUUGGAUUCGUGCGGAAGGUGAGGGAAUGGAAGGUGUCGAAUGAGCCCUCGCUCUCCGACCACAGGCUAAUAACCUUUAGACUUUCAGAUCUCAAAGUGGAGGUAAAGAAGGUGAGAAAUCCAAAGAGGACGGACUUGGUAUCCUAUCAGAGGGACCUGGGAAUUAAGCUCAGGGACUUUCCCAAGAGGUACGGCACGGCGGAAGAGUUGGAGCUCUGUGUGGAUUAUCUGCAGAGGGCUCUGAUUGGCUCUUACGAAGCGAACUGCCCGGCCAGCACGGUGACAAACAACAGAGGAACUCCCUGGUGGAACCCACGACUGCAGGGUCUUAGGAUCAAGGCUCGAAGAGCUUGGAACAAGGCGAGGAACACGGGCCGGCCCUCCGACUGGGAUCUCUUUACAAGAGAUCCCAGAAGGAGUACAGAGACUCUGUGGUGGAGGCGAAGAGGAAGAGCUGGAGGGACUUCUGCGAGUCGGUGGAGGGCAUGCCAGCCACCACCAGGCUUUGCAGGUUUCUAUCCAAGAACCCGGAGGCAGCGUUGGAAGCGGUCCGAAUGUCGGACGGCACCAUGGUCGGACGUCAUCUGGAGAGAAAUGCCUGGUGCAUCUUCUGGAGACUAG